GCGCAAACUGUCCUCCUCCAGACAGCGGUCUAUUGCUCUGCGUUCAAUCGACAUUUCUGUCCCUGGAGAUUAGUCACCCAUCUCCGCUAUCUAUCCUCUCCUACAGCUCGGCGGUUCGUCCUGUACAUCACCACACAAAUAAUACUUCCACCGGCGCACUAACCCAAAAUCUUCCGCCCGAAAAGAAUAAUCUAUCAGAAUGAUCACCGACGACGAGCUCCACCGCCUCGCUGUCUUCCUCGGCAGUUGCGCCAUGAUGAUGAUCGUCCUCUACCACUUCCUCGAGGUUAAUGCCAAGGACGACGGCGCUGAACUCGAUGCCCCCGCCGACAAGAAAUUACCUGGCAUCUCACCUGAGUCGGCGGCGGCUUCGGUCGCUGUGGGUUCGUCGUCAUAAAAGUGCCAGCUGGGGUGAGAAGACCGACUAUGAAGAGUGUAUACCCACCGCCUGAAAGUUCUGUUCCUUUAUUUGUUGCGUGCUGUUGUUAUCGUGUAAUUCUUGAUCCUGUGUAUCAUGUUCCUUGCAAGCGAAUAGGGCUAGAGGGGACGGGAAUGGCCGAAGGGAAUGGUGGGAUUUCUAUUGUAAUACCCGGGGGUUGCGUUAUUUGCUUCCAUCCAAUG